CUACUUUUAUAUCUUCCUCGAAAUAAAAAAGAAAGGUUAGAUUGGGCUCGAAAAGCUCUUAACGAAGUGCACCCACCGUUCUCCCCCUUCUCUGGAAUCUUAAAGUUAAAACCCUCGAGAUAAGAAUCUCACCUGUAGGCUCUUACUCCCUCGUUCUCUUGCUCUCCGCUGUAUUUAAUUCCUUGAAUCGUAUUGUCGGCGGUUCCUACAAAGAGUGCUUGUAACUCCAAAUCAGGAACCGGUCCCUCUUCAUUAUUUUUUUUUUUCUUUUCCUUUGAGCCAAAAAUUUGCUCUUUUUAUAUUCUCUGAUAACAUUCCUUCUGUUGUACAAAUCCAAAUGGGUUCCUCAAAAUCCAAGGCAUAAUAAUGGAGAUUUGGGUGGUUUUAUAGCAGCAAGAUGCUUUCUUUAAGGAAUUUCUGGAGGAGGUACAGGAGGACUGCUUUUGUUACUGUUGGAGUUUUAGGGAGUGGAUAUUUUCUGUAUAAGCUCUACAAUGCCAAGCGGCAUAGGGUCGCUGUUCUAGAGAGAGAACUCGCUGAGCGGGAGAAAUUCGUUAAGGCCCAAAUGCAAGCCCAUUUUGACAACAUUCAAAGAAUAGCUGAUACGACAACAUUGCCUCAUGCAAUGGAUAAUUUAAGUCGUCGGAUUGCAGAAGAACUGGACCACUCUCAGCUUACUGAGAGGCUCCAGAAAGCAAAGGGUCAACCGAACAGUUUGACACAUUCAGAGAAGCUUGAGUUAUGGGAUAGAAUCAAAAUUCUAAGUUUCACAAGAAUGGUUUUGUCCCUUUGGGCAAUGACAAUGCUGAGCUUGUACAUUAGAGUUCAAGUCAACAUAUUGGGGAGACAUUUAUAUAUUAAUACUGCACGUGAUCUUGGAGGUUCUUAUUCACUUGCGAAUGCUGAUACCAUUGACCGGGAUGAUGAGCAGAUGUAUCUGGCUAGUGCUGAUUUUCUCUCAAAUUAUGGGUUACCCACCUUGAUUUCUGAUGUGCAAGCAGCAGCAACAGAAAUUCUCGAGGGAAAGAAGGUAACGUCGGCCUUCAACACUACAGAACUUCAUAAAACUAUUGUGCUGAUACUUGAAAGGUUCAAGAGCCUCAGAAGCCCCCAUCACUGGGUAAACUACAUGAUGCCUGAGGAUGCUAGAUUCUACAAACUAGCUACAGCCUCCAGCAGUGACAACGAAAUUCCUUCUGAAGCUACCAAAUUUUACCAACUUAUGAUGGAGACACAAGCGGUGUUGGCAAGUACCGAAUUUGUGAGUAUUGUCGAGAUAGCAUUGACGGCAGUGCUUGGUACUCUGAUAGAAGAUGUGGUGGCCCAAUCUGGAGGCAGUCUAACAUCAGGGAUGGCACUGGCCAAACUUCUGGCUCGAGUUGCACAGGCCGGUCCCAUGCUCCUUGGUGAGCCUAGUACAAACCAGUUCAUCCAAAUUAUUCAAAGCGUUCCAGAAGUUGAAGUCUUUUUCACUCUUCUCUAUGCAAACAUCCCUACCCCAUAGAUUAGUGAGUGAGCUUAAUCAUAAUUUUUACUCGCAUCUUAAUUUCAUUGCAAGGAUAUCAUCGAUGUAAAAAUUUAAAUGAGGCUGGGUUUGAGUUUUCAAAAUUUACAACAAUUUGGGAGGAAUGAAAAAGAAAAAUAAGGUUUAGAAC